AUGCUGAAGAAGAAAGUACCUUGCAACCGAAGAUCAGAACAGCAACCAGCAAAAGAACAAAAGGGAUCAGAUGUAGCAAAAGAGCAACAGAUCAACAGAGCAGGAUAUGCAGCAGUAGGUGUAGCAGUAGAUGCUGCAGAACCACACAUUCAAAAGCCAGAAUACAGAGACUCCUUGGAUCUGACUAUGAUAGCCAAUGCGAUGGCCCAUGAUCCUACACUGGGCCCACUUGGAACUUUUUCCUCCUCCAGUAUAGACGAGUUAGAACUGAUCAGAGAAACUGUAACUUUGAAUUCUACAGGAAAAAACAGAUCAAAAUCUACUAAGAAAUCAGCUUCAGAUCUUGUUCUUGAGACGUAUACCCGAUCGCUAUCGGGACGAAUGUCCGAAUUCGGUUCUUUGGAAUCGUUCAUGUUUCCAUCGGCCGAAAUGGCAGCCAUCGGUCCAAGUCUUUCGGCAAAAUCAGGCCAUGAUGAGACCAUUUCGUGUGCUCAUGACCCAAAUGAAUGGUUCAAUGUCUUAGAAAUUGUGGACCAUCCAACCUUUGAAGAACCAGUCCGUAAAACAGAAAUGCGAAAAACAUAUAGCCUCAGUAAAAAGAAAUUGGAUUUUUACAAACUCCCACUUCCUAAUUCGGCCGCGACAUUCUACGAGUCGAGUUUGCAUGAAUUGGAAGUUGUUGAAGCAUGCGAAAGCAUUGAUCGACUGACUAGGUAUUUGAACGAGAGAAAAGCCGAUUUGAAAGCAGGAGUGCCGGGACGGUUCUUGCAUGCUGUGAUCGGGCAAGAGGUUUCGGAUUUGGGGUCCAUUGCUUCCACCAUCAUGUAUGCCUUCUACUUGCAUGAGACAUUGAACAGCAGCCAGUUAUGCACUCUUCCCAUUAUCAACAUGAAGCGUGAAGAUCUCAACAUGCAUGCUGAGGUCAAAUGGUUGUUUGAUGCAUGUCAGAUUGAUCCAUCAUCGUUAGUUUUCAUAGACGAGAUGUUUAAGGAAGCUUUGGUAGAAAUCUUCAACUGCAAACAGGCCAAUACUCUCUAUCCUUGGGUGAAUACUGUUACAAUGGGACAGGACUGCUCGUGUUGUACGCUUGUUGCUGAAAAAUUCACACUAUCUUCGCCAGAGAUUUUAGCUGGGAAAGCCUUCAGUCGACUUCUGCUAGCAGGUAUACUCUUAGACACUGGAAAUCUGAACAGUGUCGACUGUACAUCCAAAGAUAAGUACAUGGCCACACUACUGAUCAACGGUGCUGGUCGAUUCGGAUGCAAUGGCCUUUACCAGAUAUUGAAAUACAAGAAAUUCGAUGUAUCAGGCCUCAAAGUAAGGGAAAUCCUACGUAAAGAUUUCAAGAAGUGGGCCCGACUUGCAGGCAAGCCCGAUAGCACCGCAUCUAGAUUGACCGUCUCAAAUGUUGGUAUGAGCUCUAUUGGAAUUUCGAUCGGGCAGCUUCUCGCUCGUGAGGCUUGUGGUGCAGAAGAAGUCAUUCUUUUCCAGAAGUCAGAGAAACUUCGGCUACUAAUGGUUGUUUCGGGGUACUACGACAACCAAAAAAUCUUCAAGCGGGAGAUCCUUGUGUCGGCCGAAACAGCUGAACAUAUGAGGAAUCUAUUGCAUUUCUUCAACUCAAAUGCAUCGCAAUUACCACUCAAAGUUCUGAGUCAACCAGGUCUUCGGGAAGAGUUGAGAGCAUUCGAGAUCGAUAACAAGAUAAUGUCAAGGAAGACAAUCGAGCGUCUCUUGGAAGAUUUUGGAGGAACGGCAAGACGAGCAUAACAAUUUCGUUUUUAUAAACAUAAAUACAUACAUGUUUUAAGAUGUCUUCGUGCUUCACCUUUCGAUCAGAACUUUGUUUCAUGUUGGAAAUUGGAUUUUUAAAAACUAUUUAAAUUAUAUAA